GGAUAUCUUGUGAGACGAUUCCCAUAAGUAUGACUUCCCAUCUAUCUUCAACCAUAAUAUUUCCAUAUAAUCUUGACUCCUCCUUUUUUUCAAAAACAUCCCUACAUUAUCAUACACCAUCAUAGCAAUGACUUUAAAAGUUCACCACCUCCAAGUCUCUCAAUCUGAGAGGAUAGUCUGGCUCGCUGAAGAGCUGGGCAUCGACUACGAACUGGUGAUCCACAAGCGCGAUCCGUUCCUCAGUCCUCAGUCUAUCAAGGAUCUCAACCCCAUCGGGCAGGCGCCAGUAAUCCAAGAUGGAUCUCUUACGCUCGGAGAAAGCGGUGCCAUUACAGAGUACAUAAUACAAAAGUACGGCAAUGGUAGACUGGCCCUAGGCCCUGACCACAAGGACUGGGCGCAGUAUCUCUACUGGUUCCAUUUCGCCAACGGCAACCUACACCCUCAAAUGAGCCGUGUGAUGGUAUUGAAGCACUGCCACGUGGACGAGAGCGAGCCUCACGCUCAGCGCCAUUUUUCGCAACUAGUGAAGUUCCUCAAGUUCUUUGACAGCCACGUCAAGGAUAACGAGUGGCUAGCUGGCACUGAAUUUACAGCCGCUGACAUCAUGAACGUCUUUCCCCUCACGACCAUGAGAACUUUCUUCCCGUACGACCUCUCAGAGUACCCCAAUAUUCUGAAUUACCUCAAGCGCGCCACCGAGCGCGAAGGGUAUAAGAGGGCUAGGGCGAAGGGCGAUUCUGAGUUACCGCUCAUGAUCGACGGCAAGCCACCAGCACAGUUCUUCGAUAAGCUCAAGGCAGAGGGCAAGAUUUAGAGCGCUCGAACGCAGAUCAAAGUCCAAUAAGUUUAAGGGUCGAUUUCAUACGACUCGGAGGGGGACGUAUAAUCAAUGGAAAUUUUAAAGCCCAUAGUCCCAUCUAGUGAACCAGUCAUUUGGUAACUAAGAUCUGGAGAAUAUUAGAUAGCAACGUCGAG